AUGGCCUCCGCUGUAGCCUCCGUCGCCGCUGCCUCUUCUACCGCCAUCACCUGCCAAGCCACUGCGUCUAGCAGGAAUGGGUCCGCGAGGAGAAGAUUCAUGGGAGCCACUCUCCGUGUCUCCCCCGCAGCCAGAGCCGUCCGCGCUGAGAAGCUGGCUGUCCGCGCGUCCUCGUCUGAGGAGCUCGGUGGAACCCAGAAGCAGAUUCUCGAGGCGUUCUCGGGGGUGAAGGCCAAGUGGGACACCGUGGAGAACAAGCCCACCGUGCUGCUCUACACGGGCGGCGCCGUGCUCGCCUUGUGGAUCACCAGCGCAGUCAUGGGAGCUAUCGACUCGCUGCCUCUGGUCCCGGAUUUUCUGAAGCUGGUCGGCACUAUCUAUGGUGGCUGGUUCGUCUACCGCUACCUCCUCUUCGAGGCGAGCCGGAAGGAACUGGCGACUCUGAUUAACGACCUCAAGAACCAAAUUGCUGAUACGAAAUAA